CAGUACCAAUUUCUCUUUGUUGCUCUGCUUUCAAUGCUUUGUUCUAUCUUCUCGUCAUUGUCUUUCUUUAUUGAUACUGAUUGUUAUUUAAAUUCGUUAUAUUAUUAAUUUAAUUUGCUUAUAAUUAAAAUAUAUAAGUUAUAAAUUUUAUGAUCACAAUGGUGAAAACAGUGUACUUGAUUGGUGAUGUAUUAAAUGAAUUUGGUGCAAAAAAAUUACCUUCAUUGAAAGAGGUUAUGUCACUUUUAUUUUAUUAUCUCAAAACGAAAAAUUUUUCAGUGAAAGAAAGCAUAUCAACCACUGUCGACAAAGUUUUCGAAAUUUGGUGUGUGGCACAAAUCCCGACAAGAGAGAAAAGAUCUGCUUUUUUAAAACUAACCUCAAAUCACAAUCGAUGGAGGAAUUUACAAAAAAACUGUAAGAGGAAAAAGUCAAAAUUUCAAAAAAAAAAAAUGAAUCCCUUUUUCGGGACGAAUUAAAUAAACUAUUUGAUAUAGCUCAUGCUGAUGUGCUAAAUUUACUGGAUAAAGAAAAAAGAUUAUUUUAUUUGGGACAAAAAUCUUCCAGUCGACGUGGUUUUAUUUCAUAUAAUUCUCAACCAAUUCUAGAAGAUGUUGAAGAUAUGGAUGUUGAUGUAAGCGAUGAAAAUAAUAACUACAGUAAUAGUGAUAACAAUAAUGAAGAGAACAUUGAUAUCAAUUAUAAUAACAAUAAUGAUAGUGGUACAUUUGAUGUCGGAGAGUUCGGUAAUGACAAUGUUGACUAUUCUUGUACAGUUGAGACUGAUAAUGUUGUUAAUCAUGAAAUAUCAAGUCAAACAUCUAAGUUAUCCCAGAAAUCUUUGGAAAGUAAUACUUCUGGUAUAAUCUCUGAUUAUGAAGAUGAAAUUCCAAAACAACAAGUUCCUAAAAUUGAUCUAAUGACACCAGAACUUGCUGCGGGUUUGGAUAGAGCUAAUGUGAGUAGUAGGUCGGCGACUUACAUUUUUGCUGCUUUAUUAUCUAGCCUAAAUAUUGAUUGUGCAAGCGUAAACUUCAGUCAUUUGACUAUUCACCGAGCACGGGAAAAAUUUCGCAAAGAAGCGACGUUAAAUCUAAAAACUAAUUUGGAAACUGAUAAUUAUGUGUUACAUUUUGAUGGAAAACUGUUGUCAGAUAUUACAGGUAUAGAACAAGUUGACCGGCUUCCUAUUAUUUUAUCAUCAUCAGGUAAAUUUCAACUGUUAGGAGUCCCCAAACUAGAAUCUGGAACUGGACAAAAUCAAGCUUCAGCUAUUAUUACAACAGUAACACAAUGGAAUAUUAAUACUGAUAACAUCAAAGCAUUAUGUUCUGAUACUACAGCGUCAAAUACGGGAAUCAGAAAUGGUGCGUGUGUAUUAGUAGAAAAGGCUCUGAAUCGACAACUGUUAUACUUGCCAUGUCGACACCAUAUUUUUGAAAUUGUUCUUCGAAGUGCAUUUGAAAUAUACUGGCCUGCUUCAUCUGGCCCAAACGUUCCAAUUUAUCAGAGAUUUAAAAAGAAGUGGGAUGAAAUUGAUCAAUCAAACUUUACGGCUGGUAUUUAUGACCAAGAAAUUUUGGAAGUUAUAACACCAAUCAAAGAUGAAAUUUUGAAAUUCGUUAAUAAUCAAAUAGAAGAAAAAUUUUUUAAUCCAGCGCUAAAGAAUUAUCAACUGAUGUUAAAGUGAAACAUGCUUAACGAAAAAUGAAGAACAGCUUCAGUAUUUAUUGCAAGUAGUGACAGAACACAGAAAACGAUAUCCUAAUUGCAAUAAAAAUAAUUUUAUAAAACUGUAAUAUUUUCAA